AGUUGUUAUAAUAACGAAAGUAGCAACUGCGCGUGUGCAGAAAGGCUUAGGUGGAGUGGUGUCUGUGUACGUGUAUGUAGACGCCUUCUGUACAUCUCUCUGUGUCAUUUCUCUUAAUUAAGACAUCAUGUCGGAUCUUGUCUCAGUUGCUGCGAUCAAGGAUCUUCUGACAGAGUGCCCAAUAUGUAUAGAACACUUUGAUGACGCAACACGAAUUCCUCGUCGUAUGCCAUGUUGUGUACAGUCCAUAUGUCAGCCCUGUCUGGAAAGCUACAGUGGAGGUGCUGCAACCCUAUCCUGCCCCAUGUGUCGACGGCGACAUAAUCUGCCUGGUGGGCUGAAAUCUCUGCCCAAAGAGACUGUCAUCCUGAAGACUCUGGACUACCUCAAGAUCCAGAAAGGUCUCCAUCUUCCAUGUACAGAUUGCCCUGACAAGGAAACAGCUGUAGCUCAGUGUGACAACUGUGGAACAUUUUUAUGUUCCAUUUGCUUAAGUGCCCAUAAACGGAAUACGGUAUCAAAGACCCACACUAUAAAUACAUUUGAUGAAAUGAAGGGCCGACCUCUACAGAGUUUUCGUCGUCUACAUCAGUGCAGUCAGCACCAACAACCUGUACAGUUCUACUGCUACACUUGUGACAAAGUCGUCUGUGUGUCCUGCACUGUAGUAGAUCACAAAGAAGGGAAGGGACACAACGUCGUGUCCGUGAAUGAAGCACACCAAGGAAAGGCGAAGUCCAUAAAUGAUGUUUUAGGAAAGAUAGAAGAGAAGACAAAGAGACUGAGCGAAACGGAGUCAGCCCUUCAAAAGAAGAUAGAGAACAUCAAAUUGUCAAUGAAGGUAGCAAGAGAUGAUAUCAAUAAAAUCUUUGACAACCUGAAGGAUAGGCUGAAUCAAAGAAGAACAAUCCUUCUAUCAGAUGUUGAGGGGAAAUCUGCUGAGAAUCUGAAGGUUACAGAGGAGGCCUUGGAUUCGACAAGACUACUGCUGACUAAAGUGAAAUCUUCUUCCGAAUACAUGCGACAGAUGCGCAACAAAGCUGACAAGGUAGAAGAUCUUCAAGUAAUGGGAUCAUCUGAGGCAUCUUUGAACUCCAUGUUGAAGGAGUCACCACAGGAAAUACCCUUUGACAGGACUGGAGUCAGCUUUGUUCAAGCAAACGUACAACAUCUGCAGAAUACUAUCAAUGUGGCAGGAAUGGUCAGAUCAGUCACGUUCUCCCCAACAGAGAGGCCGAAUGGUAUCCCAGAUACUGCAGUACACAACGUCAUCACACUGGAACCUGCAGAGUUCCCUACAGUGAUGGCGAUGGACCGGAGCAUCUGUGACCAGGAGAUAACAUGCCCGACUCUGGAAUGGGACUCAAGCACUGCUCAUAACUAUAUUGACGUGUCUGAAUGUGUAAUCACAAACACCACCUCAGCCGCCCCUUCUCCUGACACAGGAUGUCGGAUACAAAAUAUCUAUUCAUGUCUGGCAUCAAGGCCUUUAAUGGUUAAAAACUGUCAAGCCCAGCGAUGCAUGUAUCGCGUAAAGUUUCGGGUUUGUGUAAAGGAAUUGAUAGAAGAUAAGAAACUUAUACAAGAGAUUGCCCUGACCCCCACCCCUGUAGAUGCUGCCUUGAAUCAACUCACUGGACUGAGUGUACGUGUUUCUACAUGCCCCAACCACAAGCAGCAGCUGUGUCUCUGUGUGGGCUAUAAUAGCACCCUCCUCACUGAUCGCCCUCUCAUUCAGAACAGAGUUGGACAAUCUAUUGACCUACAACUGUGUUUUCUAAUGGAUGGGGCUAAUGACAAAAUAUUAGUUAUUGAUGCCGGUGAUAACACAGUGUACACCACCGUCACAGAUGUUGCUUUUGACAGACCAAUGUGGGUCAUGAUGUAUGUUGGUAAUCCCGCAACAUCAGAUGGAAGAGGAGAACUGAUUACAGGCCACAACAUCACAGGAACCUUCGCCAACUACAAUCAUUAGACUAGUUUCCACUAUCCACAACAAUCACACACUCCAUGUAACAUGCAAUGUAUAAAAGCACAGCUCAGUAAAAUAAUAUGUAUGCCUUUGACACAUUAUCAACUUGUGUACAUAUGUAAAAACACGUUUGAUUUACAUAUUUAAUACAAAUAUUAAUGUAACCGUGACGAUCCGGUUUAGAAUCCUGCUUGCCGUAAGAGGCGACUAUGCUUGUUGUAAGAGGCGACUAAAGGGAUCGGGUGGUCAGGCUCGCUGACUUGGUUGGUGCAUGUCAUCGUAUCCCAAUUGCGUAGAUCGAUGUUCAUGACAACAAUCACUGGAUUGUUUGGCCCAGACUCGAUUAUUUUCAGACCGCCGUCAUAUAGCUCGAAUAUUGCUCAUUGCGACGUUAAACAACAAACAAACGAGCAAAGCAAAUCCGAAUGAAUUUUGAAACCAUAAUAAUGCAACACGGCUGCUGUUCAGUACUUUUCCUUAGUAUCUUACUGUCGCAAAACAUUAAGCGGCAAAGUGGACAUUAUUUGAACGCAGACUAGAAUAACAAAGUUAAUGACUGAAUAUUCUCACGCUAGCAUAAAUUGCGUCUUACCUUCGAAGAGUGUAAUGUUUUACAAUCAUAUCAAUUCUCAUUUACCGAUUAUCGCAUGCUGACCAUGGCAAAUACUAUUUCAAGUAAACAUGACACCGUGGUGUAGUUGCUGUGGCCCAUUAUGAAUGUAUACACACAUUUAGGUUAACAGUACUAUCCCGAGAGCAAUAUAGAAUUGACAGCAACUAUAAAAGUCCUGACAAAAAAGUCUUCGUUGAAAUCAUUUAAGCAUUGCCAUUGUCAACGUGUGGCAAUAAUUCAUGGGAGAUAACUCGUGUGGUACUACUGAGUAGGGCACCACCACAUCUCUAUCCCCGCUCCAUAUCGAUACAUCCUCGCCUGUAAUCAACUCAUUUGAACAGUCCCGUGAUAUUUGUUAUUACCAUGUUUAACUGCAAUUGUAAAAAGCCCGCAUUUGUGCAUUUUCAUUUUUUAGACAUGAUUAUGUACUUUUUCAUCUGACAUCAUGUUCUCUACUUCGACCAAUGUUUAUGAUGUUCACAAAGGACUACGUCAUUUAAUGUCAGCGAGUUCGUUAUAUAUAAAGCUAUGUCAGUCAUGUCACGUCAUCUGAGUAAUUAAAAUACCUCCAAGGUAAGGGCUGGACUGAAAAUUAUAUUUUGAUUAGGGUUUUUAUGACUCGGGGCACGGGCUGCUCAGUCGACAUAGACGGGACAUAGCCAGGUGGCCGUGCUUUCCUAUUUCAUACUUAGAUUAAGGUUCUUGGUUUAUGAGUAAUAUUUCCGUGAUUAAGGUUUUCAUUCAUCAUUUAGCCGACGUGCUCUUAUUUUAACUGAGCUAUUGCUCAAAGGAACGGUAAACCUUACACACUCCAACCCAAAUUACUUUGACGACACAAUAAUGAUGGCUAACUUCACCUAGUACAUCCACUCGUGAAAUAUGAACAUGUUUUCCUCUCUGUGUGGUUAUGUGGGAUGGGGUGAGUUUGGUUAGGAUGGGGUGAGGUUGAGGUGGGUGGGUUUGGG